AUGUGGAUGAAGCAAGCAAUCAGAUCCACCAAGCGCAACCCUUCACACUUUGAGAAGGUGGCUAAACACUACAACUCUCUUCAUGAUAGCAACUCUACAGUUCCAUCAGUGAAUGUACCUACUAACUCUAAGCCCAGGAGGGGUAGACCAAAGAAAAAUAAAGGUACACCGUUAAUGGAAAAAAUGCCAAUCAAAUUUCAGCCUCAUAUAUCUAAGAUCAUAGAUGUACUACCAGAUGGAAAUUGUGGAUUCAGAGCUGUGGCAGCAUUAUUGGGAAUGGGUGAACACUUGUGGCAUGACAUUAGAAAGAAGAUGAUUGACGAGAUGAAAAUCAGAGCUGAAAAGUAUGGUGCAAUGUAUGGGGCAAAACUAUGUCAAACCAUAAUAGAUGCUUUACAUGUCGCACCUGAAGAGCUUGUCACUGAAGAAAAGUGGUUCACAAUACCAGACAUGGGUUACAUUGUUGCUACGACCUUUAAGGUUGUCUUGAUCACACUGUCUAAUUCGGGUUCUACGACAUUCUUACCUCUGGCAGGAGCAGCACCAAUUAGUCACCAUAUUAUAGUACUUGGACAUGUCAACAGAAAUCAUUGGGUUCAGGCAAAAUUAAAGGGCAAACAUCCAAUCCCACGAACUGCUCCCCAAUGGAGAUAUCAUCGUGACUCAGAUGCAGAGGGGUGGGAGACUUCUUACAAGAGGCGAAUGACUCAAUAUCAAAAGGAAUUAGAAGAACAAAAUCUCACCAAAGAACAAAUUGUUGUAGACUUGACUAAGGAUUAA